AUGGACCACUCCUCAGAGGAGGAACCCACUGAUCAAUCACACUACGAGGACGUCGAGAACGACGACGAACCUUCACAACAACAACCUGCUGCAACAGAGAUGCCAGAAGCUCCUCAGCAACAGCAACAACAACACCACCUUCCCCUUCAGCAAGAUCGUCCGUUGAAGAUGGAGGAGUCAACAAGUCGGCCCUGGCAGCCGAUCACCCAUGCCAUCCCUGUCCUCGUCGGCGAAAAGAACCUCGAGGAUUGGUCUGUGAUGGUAGCAUCGACCCUGAGGCAAAUGCGCCUAGGCAAAUACAUCAAGUACUCUGUCCCUGAACCUGACGAACGGAAGGAUCCAAAGGGAUAUGAGACAUGGAACCAGGAGCAGGGAACAGUGGUUACCCUUCUUCAAAGCACACUACACAAGGUGAGGAGCACGCUGACGAACGCUGGCCUCCCCGUAGGAGAAGAGGACCCGUAUGUGAUAUACAACGCGGUCCUCAAGACGAUCCCUAAGCACUCAGAAGAGCACAUCGACCAAAUAGCCACACGACUGGCAAACUGCAAGGUUGCAGAUUACUCGACGCUCCAAGCCUUCAGAGACGACCUACAGUACAUGAAGAGACGCUUGAAGGAGCUCAAACUAGACCCUCCAGAGGGCUUCCUUCUUGCCAUCGUUCUGAAAAAGAUUGAGGAUGUGCUCCCAGAGAUGCACGCGUUUGCCAGAAGAGACCACAAACUGGAUAAACUUACCUGGGAUACCCUUAUGGCAGAAAUCAAUUCAGCCAUCAUCACUGGCACAGGUAAUAAGGCCUUUUCAACCUUCAAGAAGACAGCUCAGACGUCGUCCUCGUCGUCUGCCUCUGGAGGAACCCAAGGGGGUGCGAGACAGUGGCCUCGUGAGGACUCCCUACCCUCCACAGGUGUCAUCAACGGCGUGAAGCUGCCGAAGUCGAUCAUCGAGAGGAUUUCCUACUGUUGCCAGUGCAAGAGAUACCUUGUCUCUGGCUGGAAGCACUGUGAGGAAUGUAGCAAGUGCCAUGGAUCCUCUCCACGAGGUUGCAGGACUGGCAAUCAAAGCCAGGCAGCCCAGCAAACAUCGACGAGUUCGUCGACAACAGCAGGACCAACGGUUUUUGGUGGAUCGAGCGUGGCCGACAAGCUAGCCACGGUUGCCAUCUCUGCUCUCGUCGAGCACGAUAAACUCUCGAGGGACAGUAUUAUUGCUAAUACAGGCGCCUCAGAGACACUCUUCAACGAUCCCAAAUGGUUCCUGGAUCUGGUCCAGCUGCCUCGAGAGGAAGCUAUGGAAUCAGCAGCGGGAUCCUUCAAGAUAGAGAUGGCUGGAACGGUAAAGUUCGACGUGGUACGCGACGAUGGAUCGAUCGCCACUAUCACGCUCGAGAAUGCCAGAUUCUUCCCCUGCACGCCCUGCAACCUCAUCAGCGUGACUUUCUAG